CCCGUUCAAAGGGAAGGAUGAAAUCUCUGCGCAGGCAUGCGAUGUGAAUGGAAGAAGCCUGUCACUAUGCAAACAGUACGGCACUCUGAACACACACUAAAGACAGCUCUCAUCUCAAAGAACCCAGCACUUGUGUCACAGUAUGAGAAGUUAGAUGCUGGGGAAAAGCGUCUGAUGGAUGAAGCCUUCCGGCCAGACAGUAAUCUCUUUGGACCCAUUACUUUGCAUUCACAGUCAGACUGGAUAACCUCCCAUCCUGAGGCUCCCCAAGACUUUGCAGAGUUUUUCAAUGAUCCUUACAGAAAGACACCUUCUCCACAGAAGCACAGUAUUUAUAUACAGUGCAUUGGAUCGCUAGGAAACACCGGAAGUAUCAGUGAAGAAUAUGUGAAAUGGUUCAAGGGCUACUGUGAAGCAUUUUUCUAUGGCUUGACGGUAAAACCCCUAGAACCAGUUCCUGUCUCUGCAACGAGGUGUUCCUUUAGAAUCAAUGAUAACACACAGAACCUACAGAUUCAUGCAAGGCAGAUCCUGAAGUUCUUAAAAAAGAAGAAACCUGAAGAUGCUUUUUGUGUUGUGGGAAUAAUAAUGAUCGAUCUUUACCCAAGAGACUCCUGGAAUUUUGUCUCUGGACAGGCCUCUUUGACAGAUGGUGUGGGGAUAUUCAGCUUUGCCAGGUACGGCAGUGAUUUUUACAUCUCACACUAUGAAGGCAAACUGAAGAAGCUGCAGAAGAAAUCUUCACGUGACUACUCAGUUUUUGAUAAUUAUUACGUUCCUGAAGUGGCCAGUGUUUUGCUGCUUCAGUCCUGUAAGACUUUAACCCAUGAGAUUGGACAUAUCUUUGGACUUCAGCACUGCCAGUGGCUCACAUGCUUGAUGCAAGGCUCCGACCACUUGGAAGAAGCUGACCAGCGUCCCCUCGACCUUUGCCCCAUCUGUUUAUGCAAGUUGCAGAGUGCUAUUGGCUUCCACCUUAAAGACAGAUACAAAGGGACACGGGUUCCAGCCCUGGCGGUCCUUAUUACCUGGGCCUCUUCCCAGUCUCAGCUUUGUGAACCUCCCAAAGCCUCCGCCAUCCUCCCGCUGGAGCCAGGGUGA